AUGAUAAUUCUUUUAUUUCGUGAUAAAAAAAAUAUAGCAUUGAAAAAUGUAGAUCAAAUUAAAAUUGACAGCUAUGCAAAUGUAACUCAUGGACAAGAUGACAAGAUAAAUAAUCAUUCAUCAAUUAUGAUGCAUGCACAAUAUAAUCAACCUUUAAAUCAACAAUUAGAUUCAUUAGUUGAUUUUCCUGUGAAAAUAAAUCCUAAAGCUGCUUUAAAUAUUAUUUCGGAUAUAAAAACGAAACGAAUUGGAAAACGAAUUGUGAAAAGAAGAAAAGAAAUAUCCGGUGAAAGUGUAAGUAAUGAUCAGAAGAAUGUGAAAAUUAUUAAACGACGCAUGAAGCGUAUUUUUGAACGAAUACAUUCAAAAGGAUCUAUCAAAGGAGGAGCUUCAUUGCGGGUAAAACAAAAAAAGAUUACCAAAGAUGAAGAUCAUGAUUCAUUGAAAGAUUGGAAACGUUUAAUUCGUGAUAAGAAAGAAGAUAUGAAACGUGUAUUGAUUAGACGAGUUAAAGUAAAAAAGAACGCUGUGGAAGCUGAAAGAGAAUCCGAAAAAUCUAGAAAGAGAGUUAUAGUGAAAAAAAUCAGACGUCGUGUGAAGAAAACAGCCGAUGAUGCAAAAGAACGUCUUCGUAUCACCGAUCAACUAUCACCUGGUCAGUUGAAGCCAAUGUUGAAAAAAACUGUUGUAUACAAACAAGCACCAUCAUCAAAUGCUUCAGAUGAAUAUUAUGAUGAUGAAAUAACCGAAACAACAUGGGUUCUUCGUUUAGGCGAUAAAAAUGUCACCGAUAAAGAUAUGCUUGAUUUUAUUAAUAGUCAAAUUAAUGGUGGAACAUUAUUACCGAAUAGUUCAACUAAUGCUAACACUACCAAUACUACUAAUAAUAACAAUAAUAGUAAUGCAGGUAAAAAUGUUAAAGACACCGAAACAUCAUGGUUUUCAGUACCGGAAAAGAAAAAUAUGAAUGAAAAAUGGAUUUCAGAAUUCUUUGAUGAUGAUGAAAAUAAUAAUAAUGAAAUCGAUAAGAUGUUAGGCAAAAAUCAAACUUCCGAUACACGUCAAGUGGUAUCGAAAAGUCUAUGGAUUUCUGAUGAUUUUGAAAAACAAUUAAAAGAAAUGGACUUUUUAGGAAUGUUACGUAAUUCAACUGAAUUAAAUGAUAUCAUCAAUAGGAAAUCCGAUCUGUUAUCAUCAUUUAGUCUUAACGACAAUUCAACAACAAACGAUCAAAUAAAGUUAGGAGUACCAAUUAAUAAAGUGUAG